CUAACAUGGCCGCGCGCUGCAGCUCGUGGCAUUGCGAUUCCAGUUACCAGCCAUAGUUCAUGUAUGCUUAACAAUUCAGCACCAAAUCCGUCAUUGUAUACUUGAGAAAAAAGCCAACGAUCAGCAAGAAUGUUUAGGGUCCCUGUGACUCGAUUGGGAGCUCUGGGCUCAAAUGCCCAAACUCUACUGAAAACAGUGAGUUGCAGGGGCGCUGCUACCCAGGCUCCAGAGAAGAUCGAAGUUUUCGUCGACGAGAAGAGAGUCCUGGUUGACCCUGGCACUACCGUCCUUCAGGCUGCUGCCAUGGUAGGAGUGGAAAUUCCUCGAUUCUGUUACCAUGAGCGACUUUCUGUUGCUGGGAAUUGCAGAAUGUGUCUUGUGGAAGUGGAGAAGUCCAUUAAGCCAGUUGCAGCCUGUGCUAUGCCGGUCAUGAAAGGCUGGAGGAUCAAAACCAACUCUGAGAUGUCCAAACGAGCCCGAGAAGGAGUCAUGGAGUUCCUCCUUAUGAAUCAUCCACUUGACUGUCCCAUCUGUGACCAGGGGGGAGAAUGUGAUCUCCAGGACCAAUCCAUGGCAUUUGGCAGUGAUCGUUCACGAUUUGUUGAUAUCUCAUUCUCUGGGAAGAGGCAAGUUUCCCACUGUCAUUCAUGAGCUGUGGAGGACAAGAAUGUUGGCCCACUGAUUAAGACCAUCAUGACGAGAUGUAUUCAAUGUACACGAUGCAUCCGCUUUGCAUCAGAAGUUGCUGGUGUUGAUGACCUUGGAACAACAGGCAGAGGUGGGGACAUGCAGGUGGGGACAUAUGUAGAGAAAAUGUUUGCCUCAGAACUUUCUGGAAAUGUGAUAGAUAUUUGCCCAGUGGGUGCUCUGACAUCCAAGCCCUAUGCUUUCACUGCCCGACCAUGGGAGACAAGGAAAAUAGAAAGCAUUGAUGUCCUUGAUGCCAUUGGAAGUAACAUUGUUGUCACCACAAGAACAGGAGAGGUCAUGAGGAUUCUUCCACGCAUGAAUGAGGAUAUUAAUGAAGAGUGGAUCUCUGACAAAACCCGUUUUGCAUAUGAUGGAUUGAAGAGACAGAGGCUCACUUUCCCAAUGGUGAAGGAUGCAGAUGGACAACUUGUACCCUGUGAUUGGGAAGAUGCACUGCUGGUUGUUAGUCAGAAAGUGAAGGCUGCUGGGGGGAAGGUGGCUGCUGUUGCUGGUGGUCUCUGUGAUGCUGAGGCUCUGACAGCUAUGAAAGAUCUUCUGAAUUGCCUGGGUAGUGAAGCUGUUUGCACAGAAGAGAUCUUCCCUUGUGAUGAUAUGACUGGCACAGACUUCCGGUCAAACUACCUCCUCAACUCAACCAUUGCAAGGGUGGAAGAGGCAGAUCAGAUCCUUCUUGUUGGCACCAAUCCAAGGUUUGAGGCUCCCCUUCUGAAUGCCCGCAUCCGGAAAGGAUGGAUUCACAAUGAAGCAGAUGUGGCUCUCAUUGGGAAGAAAGUUGACCUUACCUAUGACUACAAGCAUCUGGGUGAGAGUGGUGACAUUUUGAAGGAAUUAUCAGUGGGGAAACAUCCAUUCUGGAAAACCCUGCAGAAGGCCACACGACCUGUUGUCAUUGUGGGGUCUGGGAUCCUCCAGCGGUCUGAUGGCCCCAUCAUCCUUGCCCUUGCUCAGGCUCUUGCUGAAAAACUUAGACAAUCAUCCCAGGGCUGCACCGACGUAUUGACAACCACAGAGAUUCGCCUCUGGUGUUGCACCAUGGACGCCAUGGCUACGGUGGAAAGCAAUUGGCGUGUGUUGAAUGUCCUGCACAGAGUUGCAUCACAGGUGGCUGCUCUUGAUCUUGGAUACAAGCCAGGAGUGGAUGUGAUUCGCAAACACCCUCCUAAAGUCCUCUUUCUCCUUGGAGCUGAUGAGAAUGCCCUCACAAAACAGGACAUACCCAAGGACACCACUGUUGUAUACAUUGGUCAUCAUGGAGACAAAGGUGUCGAAAUGGCUGACAUUGUCUUACCUGGGGCAGCAUACACAGAGAAGCAGGGAACAUAUGUGAACACAGAGGGAAGGGCACAGCAAACUUUGGUUGCUGUCACUCCACCUGGAAUGGCUCGAGAGGAUUGGAAAAUCAUUCGUGCUCUCUCUGAGAUCAUUGGGUUGCGUCUACCAUAUGAAACCCUGAAGGAAGUCAGAGAGAGGAUGCGGGAAAUCUCUCCCACUCUGACUCGUUAUGGGAAUGCUGAGGAGGCUAAUUAUUUUAAGCAAGCACUCCAACUGGCUCAGUCAUUGAAAGGGAGUCUGGCACCAGAUUCGCUGUCUCCCAGGCUCCUCACAUUAAAGGACUUCUACAUGACGGAUUCCAUCAGUCGAUCUUCUCGGAUCAUGGCCCGGUGUGUCCAGGCUGCCACCCAGGCAAUGCAGUCUAAGUAUUGAUUUCAGUUUCCUUGUGUGAGUAAACAUGUUGUUAUACUGUAGAUAUUAAUAAAAGUGGAGAGUGAAUAUCUGAGAUUCCCU